CUACUCGGUACCCUCACCGCAGUCGCCGGCUUUGUUUGAGUUAUGUCUUCUUUGCGCGGUGUAGUGAUAGGCGACAGCCAGGUUAAAUUCAUGUGCAGGAGUCGCCUUCACUUGAAAACAUCCGUCGAGACCUGCACAUUUAGUUUUGGUGGUUUUGACGCUGUGCGAAUGGCUGAGGCCGUCUCUGCGAUGCACUUUCAGCGCGUAGACUGUCGUUUUGUACGUUGGUGGUAACGACGUUUGCAGUGCCAAUGCGGACCCUCAAGAUAUAUGCGACAAUAUAGGGGUACGUAUUCUGAAAUUGUGAGAUGCUUGGCAUCAGUCACUGAAGGUUGUAUUUUCUUUACAUUUUAGAAGUUAGUUCUGCAACUGCAGCACGAUGUGGCCCCCGUGGUGUAUACGUCUUCAAGGUGCUGCCACGUUGCUCCAGCUCUGAAGACGCCGAUGCAGAGCGCCAGAUCCAAGAAAACGCGCUUGCUGAACCGCAAGCUGACGGCUACGCUGAAACGCCUGCCGUGUGUUCGAAUCUUGAACGCCGAGCAUCGGUUUCUCAAUUCCUCGAAAGAGCCACGACGUGCGCUCUUAGCAAUUGAUGGGUACCAUGUGCACAGAGGCCAAGGGAUCGAUCAGCUGGCCAAAAUCAUCGUCAGUUCUCUUGCCCGUGACUUCGGACCUGGAGUGAAGUCACAUGGACACAGCGAGCUGGGUAUCUGCUACAGGGUGCUGAAGUGCAGCCACUGCAACACAAAAGGCCACGAAGUCCUGCGAGUGCAGCAAAUUCCUUCGCCUACCUUCCCAACAUGAACCAAGACUGCUUUAGCUCAUCUUAAUGUGUGAAGCAGCGCACAAAAACAAGACAUGAAAGGAGGAAUACAAUUCAACAGGCCAACCACUGCACUUGCAAUUAGCUUAUUUUGAAGGGAAAAAAAGGAGGGGGUAAUACACAUAUGCACAAGUGCACAACAUUCAAAUUUUUUUUAAGCACCGUUAUGAGCAAAAGUCAUUGUUGCAUGUGGUGCACUUGUGGGUAUGUAUAUACAUAUUUUUUAAAAGAAUAAACUAGUGGCAAGUGCAACAGUUGUCCUGUUGAAUCAUAUUAAUCCUCUUGUGUCUUUUUUCUGUGCGCUGCUUUACGUGUUCAGAUGCUCUGUCACCAAUUCACCCGACUUUCAACCUUACUGAACCUUGCCAAAUGCUGCCUGCCAUGAAACGGCCCUUUUCAGGGCCACCCAUGUGUUGUCCGGCUGGUUGCGAAUGCUCCCCACUGUAGCCUCCUUGAAACUUGAGAGGAGUUGUGCGCCGCAUGUUGACUCUGCUGGCUGUAUAUUACUUUUGUAUAAUUAAGAUUGUGCCGCAGGGUCUUUCAAUUGAAAGUAAUACAUAUAGCAUGACCUUGCAUUAAUAAUCUUUCAUAAAUGCUGAUCACUACUCGAACAAAUCGAGAACGUUUCUGUAUUGCAGCAAAUAAAUGUAGAAAUUGCA